UGUGGGCACGCGAGCCACUUGACGUGAUUCAUAGUGAGCUGCGGCUUUUUCGAGAAAGACGGUGCCGCCCUGUUUUCAGUUGAUGCGUCCCCUUUAAUGUGAAAGUAGAAGUCUCGAGGCGGCGGCGGCGGCGGAGGAGACAGCGCUCUGGAAAGGGGCGAGGCGCGCGCACUGGGAUCUUAAAUGCGCUGCGAUGUCCAAACCUGCAGCCUACGCACCUGAACGACCGGGGGGCCGGACGACGAUGAUGGCGACUUUUUUCAUGAGAGACAUGACAAAAUAAGGCAAGAGCCUGCAAAGAGUGUGUCACUGGCUGUGGUGAAGGUGCGACGUCCGUCAGUGUGUACAGACGGUAGCUGUGUACACACAGGGGGGAGCGAGACGGGGGGAUGAAAGGACUUCCUCUGAAUGUUAAAAUAACCCUCGGGAGAAGAAGACCCCUUCGGAUAAACAUACAUGCAUCUCCGCGCCAAGAGGAAAAGGCCGGGGGCUUCGGGUGAUGUAGCGGGGUGGACCCGACUUGUCUCCAUUGGGCCCCAAUACGCAUCAGCGCUGAGCGGAGGGAGUCCCUCUUCUAGACUGUAAACAAGCCUUCCACGUCGUCGGCAGCCGAGCGCCACAAUAAAUAGCUCAUCAAACGAUUUUGUGAGCAGGCCCGCGGUGAAGGACCCGUUGCACCGUAGGCCCUCGGAGGCCCUACAAGGGCCCCACCCUGUCUGAACACUGCAGGUUCCGUCCGCCUCCAGAAUGACAGUUGCCACGGGUGACCCCGUCGACGAGGCUGCUGCGCACCCGGGUCUGCCCCUCGAACACUACGACCCGGACCCGGACCACGAGUGCUGUGAGCGGGUGGUCAUCAACGUUUCGGGCUUGCGCUUCGAGACCCAGUUGAAGACCAUCUCCCAGUUCCCCGAGACCCUGCUGGGCGAUCCAAAGAAGCGGAUGAGGUACUUCGACCCGCUGAGGAACGAGUACUUUUUCGACCGCAACCGACCGAGUUUCGACGCCAUCCUCUACUACUACCAAUCGGGAGGCCGGCUGCGUCGACCCGUCAACGUGACUCUCGACAUCUUCUCCGAGGAGAUUCGGUUCUACGAGCUGGGCGAGGAGGCGAUCGAGAUUUUCAGGGAGGAUGAGGGCUUUAUCAAAGAAGAAGAGCGGCCCCUUCCGGAAAACGAGUUCCAAAGACAAGUGUGGCUGCUCUUUGAAUACCCAGAGAGCUCGGGUCCCGCUCGCAUCAUCGCCAUCAUCUCCGUCAUGGUGAUCCUCAUCUCCAUCGUGAGCUUCUGUCUAGAGACCCUGCCCGUUUUUCGCAACGACGACGAGGAGAUGCACAAAGUCUAUCCGCCUCACUACAACCAGACCUACGUCUACACCUCGACAUACUUCACCGACCCCUUCUUCAUCCUGGAGACCCUCUGCAUCAUCUGGUUCUCCUUUGAGUUCCUGGUGAGGUUUUUCGCGUGUCCGAGCAAAGCCGGGUUCUUUGGCAACAUCAUGAACAUUAUUGACAUCGUCGCCAUCAUUCCCUACUUCAUCACCCUGGGAACAGAGCUGGCCGAGCGACCAGAGGACGGCCAGGCGGGCCAGCAGGCCAUGUCCCUGGCCAUCCUGCGCGUCAUCCGUCUCGUCCGGGUGUUCCGUAUCUUCAAGCUCUCCCGUCACUCCAAGGGGCUGCAGAUUCUGGGGCAGACGCUCAAGGCCAGCAUGCGGGAGCUGGGCCUACUCAUCUUCUUCCUCUUCAUCGGAGUCAUCCUCUUCUCCAGCGCCGUCUACUUCGCCGAGGCGGAUGAGCCGGACUCCCAGUUCAGCAGCAUCCCCGAGGCCUUCUGGUGGGCUGUGGUCUCCAUGACCACGGUGGGCUACGGGGACAUGGUCCCCACCACCAUCGGGGGGAAGAUCGUGGGGUCCCUGUGCGCCAUCGCCGGCGUGCUGACCAUCGCCCUGCCCGUGCCCGUCAUCGUCUCCAACUUCAACUACUUCUACCACCGCGAGACGGAGGGCGAGGAGCAGGCGCAGUACCUGAACGCCCCCAGCGUGCCUAAGGUGGAGUCGGCGGAGGACCUGAAGAAGAACGGUCGGAGCGGCAGUGGCUCCACCAUGAGCAAAUCGGACUACAUGGAGAUCCAGGAGGCGGUGAAUCACACCACUGAGGAGUUCCGCCCCGAGACCAUGAAGACAGGCAACUGCACCCUAGCCAACACUAACUAUGUUAACAUCACCAAAAUGCGUACGGAUGUAUAACCUGAGCUGAACGGCCUUUGGUUCGAUGAGGAGGUAUGUCUGACGGCGAGGGAGGAGGUCUUCUUCCUGCUGAUCUACAUGUGGGGCCCCAGACAGGGUGUCCAGAACAGAUCGGUCCAGGGGACUACGUGGGCCAGGGUCCCAAUAGGACAUGUAACAUCUAUCACGGGAUAACUGGCUGCCAUCCCAUUCCCCUUUUUUCAAACUUUCAGUGUCUGCAUGGAUUAUCUUUGUGACUAUUCAGUAAUCAACUCUUCUUACAGUGGUAGCCUAAAAGUAGCCUAACCAGUAAUAAUCAAUAGUAUAGAAGCAUUAAGUGUCCAGCGGUUGGCAUUAUCCUGCUCAAACUGCCGUUUCUAGAACUUGCACAAACAUAUGUUUUCCGCCUUACAAAAAAUGUAGUACAACGGUAAACAGGAGCACUAUCUCUUGCUCUUAUUUCCAGGAACCUGACUCCUAACUAGAUAGCACAGCAUCUCAAAGGUGUUGAACGCAUCGGUACGCUUUUUCCCCACUAUAUCAGCCAAUUCUGAUCCCUGCCUUCUCAGAGGCGUGGUUCAUGGAUGACCACGCUACAAUCCCAAUCCACAGUAACACGAUACCUUUUAACUGCCAACUCUAACUUCAAGGGGAUGUAAGCACACACGCCAGAUAAGCCUCUGCCUCGCCCAGUGCCUGUCUGUAGUGUUUGCAGGUGGAUUAGGGGGCGGAAAAAAGCAUCUCCUUCCACGCAGAGAGAAUGUUCCAUUUAUUUAUUGAUAUGAGUAAAUUUGAUGUGCUACUUUUUUAUUGAUUACUGUCCUUCAGGAAUGGUAUGGAUGUGUGGAUGUUUCCCUUUGAGGUUGAGUGCCUGUUGGUUAAGGCAGGCAGAUGGUUGGGAGAGACACUGCCCACCACAUCGGUAGUGUUGUGAGUGCCUACUAGGUCUACCCCUCUCUUACACUUGUGUCUCUCCCCACCCCCCUUUUCUCUUUAACAGAACACUGUUAUUAACAACUGCCCAGCAACAACUGUCUGUUUUCCUACUUCAUAGCAUUCCAUUUUUGUAGUGAUAGAUACAAGAGUAUGUUUUUGAUAAAUCAUUUAUGUUCCUUUUUAUUUUGAGCAGUUAGCAUCACAUGGUUGAACUUUUAUGGCUGUGAACCUUGGUAGUAUAGAAUGUAGGCUACUACAGAUCAUUUAAUAUGUAGAUCAACGAUGCAUUAAUAAUUUCUAAGAGGCAUUCCAUUAGCAAAGACCUUGGACAAUUAUAUAGAAGUUUCCGAAGCUAGAGAGAAUCAAUUUACGAAACAUUUCAAGUUUGACAACUUAGCUAGACCAGCCAUGACAGAUUUGCAGUAUCCAUAUAUAUAUAUGUAGAGAGAUAUAUAGAUAUCUCUCUAUGUAUAGAUAUAUAUAUCAGCAGAGAGGGAUUGGCAAGGUGCAGCUCUAUUACUUUUAGUUUUGUUUAUCUUCAU